GAGAGGGGCGCUUCCAGAGUACGCUCCGCUCCCCCCGUCCUUCCUCAUGCUAGAUACGUUCAGACCCGUCCCUUUCGCGUCGGAAAUGGCGAUUAGUAAAUCCGUGGCGUGGCUGAACGAGCAGCUGGAGAUGGGCAACGACCGGCUACUGCUGAUGGACUGUCGGCCGCAGGAGUUGUACGAGUCGUCCCACAUCGAGUCGGCCAUCAAUGUGGCCAUCCCCGGCAUCAUGCUGCGGCGGCUGCAGAAGGGCAACCUGCCCCUGCGGUCCCUCGUCGCCAGCAGCGAGGAGGACCGGGAGCGCUUCGCCCGCCGGUGCGGCACCGACACCGUAGUGCUGUACGACGAGCACAGCCGCGACUGGAACGAGAACACGGGCGGCGAGUCCGUGCUAGGGCUGCUCCUCAAGCGCCUCAAAGAUGAAGGCUGCAAGGCAUUUUAUCUGGAAGGUGGUUUUAGCAAGUUCCAGGCCGAGUUCGCCUUGCACUGUGAAACUAACCUAGACAGUUCGUGUAGCAGCAGCUCUCCUCCUUUGCCAGUCCUGGGCUUGGGAGGCCUCCGAAUCAGCUCCGAUUCAUCAUCCGACAUUGAAUCUGACAUUGACAGAGACCCCAAUAGUGCCACCGACUCCGAUGGCAGCCCUCUUUCCAACAACCAGCCUUCCUUUCCGGUGGAGAUUUUACCCUACCUCUACUUAGGCUGUGCCAAGGACUCCACUAAUUUGGAUGUUUUAGAAGAGUUCGGCAUUAAAUACAUCUUGAAUGUUACUCCUAACCUGCCUAAUCUCUUCGAAAACGCCGGUGAAUUCAAGUACAAACAGAUCCCGAUCUCUGACCACUGGAGCCAAAAUCUGUCUCAGUUCUUUCCUGAGGCCAUCUCAUUUAUAGAUGAAGCACGGGGGAAGAACUGCGGCGUCCUGGUGCAUUGCCUAGCAGGGAUCAGCCGCUCGGUCACAGUGACGGUGGCCUACCUCAUGCAGAAGCUGAACUUGUCCAUGAAUGAUGCCUAUGAUAUUGUCAAGAUGAAGAAGUCCAACAUUUCACCCAACUUCAACUUCAUGGGUCAGCUGCUGGACUUUGAGCGGACUCUGGGACUGAGCAGCCCCUGUGACAACCGAGUGCCGAACCAGCAGCUGUACUUCACCACCCCUUCCAACCAGAACGUCUUCCAGGUGGAUUCCUUGCAGUCCACGUGAGCUCCCACCACCUCCCUUCUCCUGUCCAUUUCAUGGGAUCACUCCUCAAUGGUUUCUCUUUGGCAGUGAUAAAGAAAUGCAGCUUUCUCUUUUUCUGGCCUCUGCUGUUAACAGGCAGCUGCCAGUGCAGGCAACGAAAGGUUACACAGUGUGGAAUCGGCUCUUGCAAAGGGAGGGGACGUGGGGCAGCACCGUGGUGCCCCCCGGGCAGCAGGUGGGCAGUGUGUCCAUCCCUGCUUGGGCAGUAGCCGGGUCCGAGGACUUGCCGUGUGCUGGGGUGAGGCUGGACAGGCUGGGCACGUGUUCUCUAGAGGCCGGAACUGUCCCUUCUGCCCUCUGCUCUCAGAUCUGUGACACACAUCUUUGUCUUCAAUGAAGACUGGUUAUCUUUGUUUGUUUGUUUGUUUUAAUUUAGAGGAGCCAAAGAAAGAGAUUUCAGCUUAGUGUAUUUGGAGUACUUGUUUGCUAGGAGCUUGGUAGUAUUUUACUUGAUCAAUGUAAAUAUUUAACCUUAAAUUUAUUUGCUUUUUUUUCUUAAUUCACAUGUACUCAAGAAAUCAAUCCAAGGGACACCUGUGUUUUUGUUCUUUUCAUAAAUUUGCUUUGUUUCUUUGUUUGUUUUAAUUGCAAAGAAUAUAUUUGUAGCAUGCUGAAUUUCAUUGAAGCAAGCUUUCCAUGAGGGAGAAAUGGCAAUGGUGAGAAGUUUGCAGAUCAGGUUUUGUGAGGGAGUCUCUUCUUUCAUAUAUCUUUCUUUUCCUUGUGGUGAUUUUUUUUUUCCACAUGCUUUUGAUGUAGGUUCCAUAUGAUAUAUAUAUAUAUACACAUAUAUAUAUAUAUUUAAAUUAAAUUAAUUUUUUGCCUUACCUUUUGUAAAUAGAUCAUCUGGGAGGAGGUUUGUCUUUGAAUGCGAAAGAUUUUUGAUGACUUUUUAAAACUUUCAGAUGUGCUAAACAGUGCAUUACCUCUGUACAAAUUCUUCAGGGAGCUUCACCUCAAAUGCAAUAUUUUGCGUCUUUUUUUUUUUUUGUAUAAAACUGGAAGUAUGUGCGAGCAUUUGUACCUGUGUGUACGCACAGUGAACCUGCACAUGGUUGCCAAUAAGGGAGAGUCUAAUCUACAGUGUAAAAGUUUUAAGAUGGAAUUUAUUAUAAGAAUGUAAAACCUUAAAUUAUUAAUAAAUAAAUAACUAUUUUUGGCUA